AUGGAGUGGGCCAAUUGCGUUUCGUCUAUUCGUACUUUCCUCGCCAUCCUCUUUCUCAUUCUCGCCCUGGCACUAGGACGCUGGCCUUGUGGCACCAUUCUAGGCACAUGCCUGAGUUCAUCGGAGGAGGAAAUUUAUCGAAGUGUUGGAGUUCUCCUCGCCACUAGCCUCGCGCUAAAUGUCGUAGCCUUCGAAGUCGCCCUUGUAGGCUGCAUAACCGAGGGGACGUGGGCCAGAAUAAGUGUCAAAGUACCGGCCUCGCUCGGAGGCAUCGAGACCUUGGCUCGUGUCGCCAACUACUACGCCCAUGAGGACCAAAACUACAGUCCCAUUCUGGCUGUGAUUUCAAUGUGCUUCACAAGUAUAUAA